GGAGGAUUGUCCCCGCUAGGGAGGGUAAUGGGUAUUAUGAUUGACAUUGUUUAUUUUUAACAUGAGCUUUAUCACAAUAGGUCAAUGGUUGUACAAAAUGGAAAUCCUGAAAUAAACGCGAGCAUCUUGAGUCAGUUUUCGUUCUUUUGGGUUCACAAGAUUUUUAGAACUGGAAAUAAAAGAACUCUUACUGAAGAUGACGUGUUUUCAAUUGACCCAAGUUUGAAAAGCGAACGAUUGACGGCUCUUCUGGAAGAGCAAUGGGCUUUGGAAGCAAAAAGGACAAAGAAUCCUUCCCUUGUUGUUGUUAUUCUGAAAAGACAUCUCUUCACCUUGAUUUGGUUGUUUGUGGCUUUCAGCAUAGAGGGUGCUUUAAGAUGUGCUUGUCCCUUCUUUGUGGUGCGAAUAACGUCCUACUUUGACCCUGCAGUAGAAAUGACACAACAGGAAGCUCUCCUUUGGACAUUUGGUUUGACACUGAUCUACACGUUGCUACUGAUGUUCAGACACUACGUCUGGUACCGUCUCGUGAGACUAGGAGCAAUUAUCAGAGUAGCUGUUACAGGGCUCACAUACAGAAAGGCGUGCAGGAUAAGUCAAAGGGAGAUAGGGGAGAGAUCGGUUGGCAUGAUUGUUAACCUCAUAACUAAUGAUGCUCAGCGAAUAGUUGAGUACAUCACAUCGGCAAGCGUAUUCUUUAAUCUCUGGUCAAUUCUGAUUGUGAGCUUUGUCGUGAUGUACAACCAAAUUGGUAUCUAUGCUACCUUAACUGGGUUCUGUUCGAUGCUCAUCUUCGUGCCUAUCCAAGUUUGCAUGGGCAAGUUUGUUUUUUACCUCAGAACAAAGACAGCACAACUUACAGAUAGUAGAGUGACAACUAUUCACGAAAUAAUAUUAUUCAUAAAAGUGAUAAAGAUGUACGGAUGGGAGCUUAUGUUUAAGAGACUCGUGGGAGAGAUAAGGCUACAAGAAUCUAGGUAUAUUGGAAUGUUUGUACUAAUGAAAGCCAUGACUACUGCAGUUUUCUACAUCUCCCCUGUAUUUUCCCUUCUUGUAGUCAUCACUAUGAAGUGGUAUUCGAAUGAGCCAAUCCGUACAACAGAUGUUUUAUUCUUCCUGUCGAUGAUUGGUGCUGUCAAAUUUUACAUCUGCAUUGCUCUUGGUAAUAUAUUUACCUUUGUUCCACAAGUUGUUCACAGUCUUCAGAGAAUACAGGAUUUUUUGAAUGCCGACGAAAUAAAGUAUAUCCACAAAAAAGCAGCCAUCAACGAUGUUAUUGAGAAUAAGAAUUUCUUAUACGACGACGCAAAAAUGAAAAGUGGCAACGAAUCCCCACCUUUCAAAAAAGAUACCAAGUCUGAACUGAGCGGAGAGACUGUCAUAGAGUUUAACGACUAUUCUUCAAGAUGGGGACCUGAAACCUUUUCUCUUACAGGACUCAAUCUAACCGUAAAGAAGGGGGAACUAAUCGCCGUAGUUGGACCUGUUGCUUGCGGUAAAACAACCCUUAUCAUGUCGAUACUACAGGAGUUGGACCACGAGGGAAUUUGCAAUAUUGAUGGAAGUGUGGGGUUUUCGUCUCAAGUACCCUGGAUCUUUAACGGAAAUAUCGAAGAGAACAUUUUGUUUAACAGACCUAUGGAUAAGGAAAAGCUUAAUCAAUGUAUUGCAUCCUGUCAUCUUACUAAGGACCUAGAAUUGUUACCGAACGGGUUGCACACAUUGGUCGGAGAAAGAGGUGUUCAACUCAGUGGCGGACAGAAGGCCCGGGUGAACCUUGCCAGAGCCGUUUACGGUAAAAAUCCAAUUGUGGUUCUUGACGAUCCCCUUGGUGCAGUUGACACCAGAUGUGCUAAACACAUCUUCAACAAUUUGAUUCAAGAACAGUUAUACGGAAAAACACGAAUCCUAGUUACCCAUUCAACAAACUUCUUAAGUGAAGUAGACCGUAUAGUUGUUAUGGAUACGGAGGUUGUUGCUAAUGGUGACAAAACCAGAGUUGUUGGUAAAAUAAGCCACGUAGGGACCUACCCUGAACUCAUCUCUAAAGGUCUAAAGUUUUCUAUACUCGGAUCUGAGAUAAAUAAAAAUAAGCGUAUGAGAACUUCGUCCAAAUCCUCUAUAAAGUCGGAUGAAAAAGAAGAAGAGGGUUGUUCUGAUUCGGGGGAGAGAAUCGAAAAGGUGAAGAAACCCGAGAAAUUUAAAGAAGAAAGGAAAGUAGGCUCUCUUAACAAAAUGCUAUACUUGAGAUACUUCUCUAUGAGUAUCGGGUUUAUGGCUAUUCCAGUUCUUUUGAUAGCCCUGAUAACACCUCAGAUUCUCAUAAUAUUUCAAGAACAAUUCGCUAUCAAUUGGAUAACUGACAGAGUCACAGAAGAUCGCAUCUCAAAAAAAGAUUUCACCUCCUACGACGAGAAUCACUAUACUGUUUACAUUUGGCUGGCUUGUGGAACUAUUUUAUUGCUUCUCAUCAGGGGUUUUGUCUACGGAUUUGUAGUAUACAGGGCAGGUAGAAAACUACACAACAAGGCACUAUUCGCAAUGCUAAGAUCACCCAUGAGAUAUUUCGACACACAUCCGAUAGGAAUGAUUAUCAACCGAUUUUCAAAGGACACAUACUUCAUGGACGAGCGGUUCAAUGACGUUUCCUUGGGAUUCGCUCAAAUUUUUCUGCUCCAGUCGGCUGCGGUAACUUUGGUUGUAAUUGCCAAUUACUGGUUUAUCAUUCCCCUCAUAUUUCUGUCCGCACUGAUGGUCUUCACCGUCCGCUACUGCUUGAAUACUUCUUUAGAUAUCCGGAGAAUUGAAGCGUUAAAGAGAAGUCCCAUCUUGUCCCACAUCUGUUCUACUCUGUCUGGGCUCACAACUAUUCGUGCAAACAACCAGAUAGAGAUAUUCGAGUCUCAGCACUACUUCCAACGGGAUGAACACACGCGGUGCUGGAUGCUGUUCCUGGCCAUAACUCGUGGUUGGCUCCCUUCCCGGCUUGACGGCAUCGCAGUCGCUACCUCUGUCAUUGCCACAUUUCUCACAGUCGCUCUGAAAGAUGUCAUUGGCUCAACAUUCGCUGGAUUGGCUUUGGUUUACAUCAAUGACACGAUUGGAAGUUUUCAAUGGUGUGUCCGGCAAUAUACAGAGACAGAAAAUAUGAUGACUGCUGUUGAGAGAGUCAUGAUGAUUGCUCAACUGCCUCCAGAAGCUUCUUUAGAAUCUCCAGACAGAAGAAAAAAUGAGAAACAAUUCGAAACCAUCCCGAACAGCAAUAUUGUCACCACGGGUGUCAUAGAGUUUAGAAACGUCAAAUUAAAAUACGACCCUGACCCUGAAGCGGAGUACAUCCUCCACGACCUUUCAUUUAUAACCCGGCCAAGAGAGAAGAUUGGAAUUGUGGGUCGGACUGGAGCAGGUAAAAGCACCAUACUGCAAGCUCUCUUCAGGAUGGUUGAGCCGGAAGGAGAAAUACUGUUAGAUGGAAUGUUGACGAGUGAGAUGGGCUUGCACGAACUCAGAAAAUCUAUCAGCAUUAUCCCUCAAGAAAGUCUUCUGUUUUCUGGGACUCUGCGAGGAAAUCUUGAUCCGUUCUUCAAAUUCGACGAUGAUCACUUGUGGGGCGCGCUAGAGAAGGUAGAGUUAAAAUCCUUCAUUUCAACCCAGACUGGAGGACUGGAGAUGAUGGUCCAGGAGGGUGGUCGGAAUCUGUCAGCUGGUCAAAGACAGCUCUUGUGUCUUGCCAGGGCAUUACUAAAGAUCAAUAAGAUUCUUGUUAUUGACGAGGCUACAGCUAAUGUGGACGAAAAAACAGAUCAGUUGAUCCAGCGGACUCUCCGACAAAAGUUCUCCGACUGCACAGUUCUCACCAUAGCACACAGAAUCAACACUAUUAUCGAUAGUGACCGUGUGAUGGUGAUAGAGGCGGGUAGAUUGGUUGAGUUUGAUCACCCAGCAGUGCUUCUGAAGAAACCGGAAAGUAUCUUCUUCGAUCUAGUUAAAGAAACCGGGAUGUUUGAUGCUUUGCUGGAGCAAGCUUGUGCUAGUUUUGUGGAUCAGUGAAUAGAGAAAGUAUUAUGAUGGACAGAUUUAGCUACAAGGUGCAUGGAUUUGUAUUAUUGCUAUUCAAUUAACAUAUACAAUAUAGUAUGUAGAGUGGAAUCAUAGUCCAUAGCCUAGUAGCUGAUUUUUACUUGUAAGACGUUUUUCUCAGCUUCAUACCUUAGUUCCUAUCCACGAAUAGGGAAGGCUUUUCUGCAGGUGUUGGGACGUUAAUGAGACGGACUGAAUCCUGAGAUUCGUUGUAUAGAAGGAUCUGUCUCGUGCUCAGAUCUGUUUUGUCGAAACUAAACGCUUCUGCCGGGAGUUUCCGGCGGAGUCCCAGGUCUGGAACACACCCGAUGGAAGUGGCGGGUCCUGGUUGUUUGAUCUUCAGUUUACGUUUUUUUGGUCUUGCUGCCGUAGUCUUUAAGAGUGAGGACCACGUUCCACGUUUUAAAGUAUUUAAAGUAAUUGUGAAAAGUAUAUUAGUAUAUUAGUCAAUUUACUGGGCGGCGCUCAGCCUGUCGG